CCAUGAUUGUUCCAUGCAGGCUUCUUUUCUAUUCAUCCUUCCGUGAAGAUCGCUUACGAUUGUGCUACGAGACCCCUGGCCUUACUGCGGCCAAGUUUGUCUCUGGCUUGAUAUUGUUCCAAGUUCCUUGGCAGCAGCCAGCAGUGGCUUUGACAGCGGGAGAAUUGUCUACUCUAAGGGAUACUCGACAGCCCAGUCACUCAGACACUCGGCACACUGUAGCGCCAGCGCCGGACAGUGCGUCUAACUGUACAAACAAGUCUGACAUUCAGGCAUUCUAGCUGGACCGCUGGGUAAUGCAUAGUACCUUCCCUGAUAUACGGUGGUCAGCUGCGGGAUGCUUCCUCCCGCAGUGGCUUGACCGUGUCCUGCCGCCGCCGGCUGCCCUCCUUCGUGUCAGCGGGAUCCAGCUUCAGGCCAUGGGCCAUGGGCCACGGCCAGUGCCUGCCCCUUGCCUGACAAGUUCCGUUCCAUUCACACAUCGUCAGCUCCGGCCGGCGCGUGGUGGUGGUGCUUCUUACCCUGCGAUGCGAACGGAGGGAGACACUGGCAGGCCAAGCGUAGGUGGCCUCUGCUCUUCCCUUUCCCUCUACGGAGUACCGUAGAAACUCGAGCAACUCGAACUUGCGCUAGCCCGUGCCAGCCCUGCUAGCGGC